AUGAAGGUAUCUAGCUCACUUUGCCAGCGCUGCAAAGUCCUCCAGUUCAAUGACGAAGAACAUGGGGCCGUGAAAGAAUGGAAAUGGGGCAGGCACGAGGUUAUCUUUGACAAAUUUGACCCGGAGGGGCCUAGGUUUGAGGAUAAGGAGCUUCGAACGCAAGCCAUUUUCCUGGAUUAUGAUCUCUUCGACUAUUUUCCUGAUCUUCCUGUCCUGUCGGCCUCUAGUGCAUCCGGAUGUGGCAUGUGCUUUGCCAUCCGUGAGAAGAUAAUCCAACUCGAACGAAGGGCACACACCAAGCACAAGAGCGUGUUGAUCUGCAAAUUUUGCUUUCGUUAUACGUUAAACCCAUGCAGAAACUGGCUUCGCAUUCAGAGAGCGCCUGUACUGCAUCCUCUGUCUGAUAAAGGCCGGGCCCAGUUACGCAAGCUGGCAAAGAAGUCAUACAAAACAUCCAAAGACGCACAUCUUCCUACCCGCGUGAUAGAUGUUGGCUAUUGGGUAACUCGUUCAAAGAUGCGCCUAGUGGUCAACCGAGGGUCCCACAAAUGGGCAAGCCGAGGUAAAUAUGUUGCUCUCAGCUAUUGCUGGGGCAGUGAAGAAGAUGCCGCAGAUCAGCUCAAAACAACUAAGGCGUCGUUAUGUGAAAACAUGAAAGAGAUUAAAAUGGAAUCUCUGCCGAAAACAGUCUCUGAUGCCGUUCUCGUUUGCCGGGCAAUGCGCGUGCGAUAUCUUUGGGUGGAUGCACUGUGCAUUAUACAAGACAGUCAAGAUGACUGGGAGAGAGAAUCAGCUAAGAUGGCAGGAAUAUAUGAGAACUCGUAUUUUACCCUGUUCCCUUUUCAGUCAACUUUAAACCCAUCGAUAUCCGGCUAUUACUACAUAUACCAUGUCAUGGGGUACUACAGGAAGAACCCAGAUUUGUCACAAAAUCACGAUCUUGCACAAUUUAAGCAAUCGCCCUUUGACUGCGAUCUGAAAGAAAGUCAAUGGAACACUCGUGGCUGGACUCUUCAAGAAGCGUUGUGUAGCCCUCGUCUACUCCUUUUUGGCACACGAAUGGUUCAUUCGAUUGUUUUGCGACUUCGGCAGUCACAGGGUGGGUCGGUCGAUAUUGUGUCUCAGCCAUGGGGCCAGAAUUUUCACGUGGAUGGAUGCCAACCAUUAUGCCUAUUUCCACGUGGAUGGCGUAUCAUGAUUGAAAGAUAUUCCGCUCGCCAUUUCUCGUAUUCGAGUGAUAAAUUACCAGCAAUAUCUUCAUUGGCCCGAAAGUUUGCAUCACAGACCAAGGGUGAAUAUUUGGCCGGCAUUUGGAGUGACGAGCUUGCAGAAGACCUUCUCUGGGCCCCCCAAGGGCUUAGAACACUUGAUUCCUUCUUGACACCUCCAGAAGAGUAUUUGGCCCCCUCAUGGAGCUGGGCAUCCCAGUGCAAUCCAAUUGAAUGGCCUAUACUUUACGACCUCAAACCUGAAUGUCGAAUCGCUUCCAUAAGAACAACAACGGGCCUGGAUCGAUAUGGGAAAGUACAAAGCGGCUUUAUCACACUGCAGACCAAAGUGUUCGUGAUCCCUUCAUCAACGAAGAUGCAGCGCCGCCGAAAAGCAAGCCUCGGCAAUAAUGUCGAAUUUCCGUAUGAGCUUACAUCAGCCGAUGGAGAGUACCUUGCCCAUCUUCGCUUCGACUGGACAGAUCUUACAAUUAAUGAUGAUAAGUUCCUUGAAGCAAAACAGGAAACUACCCAGCUGUCCAUGGUGCUAGUCUCGAGGAAUGAUUGUCACCCUAAAUAUCCUGGAUCUCAUGAUUUUGAUGGUUCAUGGCGCUUUUUGGGCUUACUUGUGCUACCGACAGAGACAUCUGGCAGUUAUCGGAGAGCAGGAAUCUUCCUCUGUGGACCCCGCGACUUGCAAGGCCCGAAGUUCUGGGAUGGAAUUGAUACAACUACAAUUACGUUGUUGUAG